UGAAGCUGGGGACUGAGGGGCAUUAAAAGAAAAGAAACCUUUCUCACUCUCUCUCUUUUGUACUAACAUUUUUUGCCAUUCUUGUCAGCUUUCAGUGGCACAAUAUAAACUACUAGUAGUAUUCAUUGUAAUCAUGGCUUCUCCAAACUAAGAGAGAAAACCUACUUGAAAUUUUGAACCUCCUUCAGCAACAGAAAGCAGUACCUUAAAAAAUCAGCUUAGGUUCUUGCUUUUGGUUAAAUCAUGAAGCGGCCCAGUUCCUCGGGUUCCCUGGAUGCUUUGAUUUCCAUCUGUCCACCUAAAGAGGAGAAGAAUUCAAAAAACAAGCAAGUUUACAGCAGGGAAUUCCAGGCAAUGUUAGAUGGUUUGGAGGAGGAAGACAGCUUAGGAGAAGCAGGUCAAGCUACUGAGAAGAAAAGGCGAUUGUCUAUCCAUCAAGUUAAGGCAUUGGAGAAAAAUUUCGAGGUGGAAAACAAGCUAGAGCCAGAGAGAAAGGUGAAAUUAGCAGAAGAAUUAGGCCUGCAGCCAAGGCAAGUAGCUAUUUGGUUCCAAAAUCGCCGUGCUCGUUGGAAGACCAAGCAGUUGGAGAAAGACUAUACUAUCCUUAAAGCCAAUUAUGAUGCUCUUAAGCUUGACUAUAACAAUCUUGAACAAGAAAAAGAAGCUUUAACUGCAAAGUUGAGAGAGCUGAAAGCAAAGCUCAAAGAAGAGAAUUCAGAAAGCAGUCAGUCUGUUAAAGAAGAUUCUCCAAAAGUUUCACAGCAGACCAAGGACCACGAUUUUUGUGACAAUGAUGAUGAUUCCAUUGGAAUUGUUAAAGAAGACUGCAAUGUCAAUGCUCAGUUAUUGAUAUCGCCAGCUUCUUCUUCUCCUUUUCGGUUUAAUGGAUCUUCUUCAUGUUCAGAUUCAUCAAAUCAUCAAUGGUUUCAAUCAUUUGACUCCAGAAUGAUUCUGGGUAAUAUGUAUCACCCCCAGUUAGUGAAAGUGGAAGAGCAAUGUACGUUUACUGCAGAGGAAUCUUGCAAUUUCUUCUCAGUUGAUCAAGCUCCAACUCUUCAAUGGUACUUCACGGGGCAGUAAAAAGAAUGAAGUCCCUAUAACCGUCAACACCAUAAAGCUUUUAUAAUUCUUGCAUAAGGAAUAAAAUAGCCUUGAAAGUUUUGUCAUUUAGGAGCUAAGUUCUGUUCUUCUAUUGAUUUCAAAAAAAAAAAUGUUUAGUAUGUGCUUCAACAACGGACGAGCAAAAUAUCUGCUGUAAAAUUAAUGUAAUAUAAACAAAAGGAAGUAGGUAAAUGAUCUCAAAAUGUGGUGUUUAUAUUUAGAAUAAGCUGCUAAUUUCUUGUCAUAUAGAAGAAAUUAUUGUUCGAACUUCCAAGUAGACAAUUGACUAGAGUGUAAGUGGAGUUCACAUCAAGGAGAUGUCAUUUCUCAAUAGCAUGUGCUUUUUGCGUUGCCAGUUUAAUCCAGGGAAUUGGCUGAGGAGUGAGGAUCCUGUUUGAAAAUUCAAAUAGCAGCAGCAGCAGCAGCACGAUGCUGGCUGUUCAAUGGCCAUAUUGGAUAC